UAGGAUUCUUAACAUCCUCUCAUCCAUCCUUCUUUCUUAUUCAGUUACAAAAUCUUAUAGGUUGAUAUGAAGUUAUCUAACUUAUUUUGAACUUGUAUAAUUUCGGUGGUGCUAUUUACUUCUAGUUGACUGAACUUCAUCAUUUGGGUGGUGCUAUUUACUUCUAGUUGACUGAACUUACUCUCCUACAGAUGACUGAUUGAUAAGAAUUCAAGUUUAUAUCAUUUCAAAUUUUCAAUUUUUAUGAAAAUCAAAAACCAUCUCUGCAGAUUGUAAUAUAAUUUUAUAGAGUAUCUUAGAUCCACAGUAAUGGAUGCUUCACAGGGUGACAUUUAAGAUUAAGGUCCUCGUGGGUAUUAAGUGCGUGUUUGACAAAGCUUACUAUUAUUUAAGGUCAUCAAACAUAGUAUUUUACCAGGACCUACUUACUUUGCAAUUAUUAUCCAUACAUUAUGUAGGACUCACAACUUAUAAGAACUUAAAAGCUCUCUCUAACAUACUCUACAAUUACACACUUGCAGUGCAAUUUCCUCUAUGUUGGAUUUGGAUUUUGGAUAACGAAAGUGUUUUUUGGGUGAUAAGGAUUUGUGGGAUGGUAUCUGCUUACUUUUUAUGGUGUAGGGUUUCAAAAGCUCAUUCGAAUGAAUAUACAGAGAAAAUUGAAGGUAUAGAAGCCAAAAUAAGUACCACUGAGCAGUCCACUAAGCAAGUUUCUCAGGAUCCUUCUUUAGGGACUUCUGACAUGCAAAUCCUCUCCAAAGAAGCAGGAGAAAGUGUUCACUCUCCUAGAGGAUUGAGGCGGAGACUUAUGCAUCCAACAGAAGAUAGAUCUAAUGAUACCGUCAAACUCAACAAUAUAGAGAGGUCUGUCAAAUUGGAUUCUGCAGCACAGGCUCAUAUUGAGAAGCACAGAAAGCUUCAAGACGAUUUGACUGAUGAAAUGGUUGGUUUGGCGCGACAACUCAAAGAGAGCACCCUGAUGAUGAGUCAGUCGAUACAAAACACAGAGAAAAUACUUGACUCAACAGAGAAAGCAGUCGAGCAGAGCUUGGCGAGAACUGGACAUGUCAACAGUCGGGCAAUGGAGGUAUACUCGCAGACUUUCAAGACAUCCUGUGCCACAUGGCUUGCGGUUUUUGUAAUGGUUUGUAUCUUUAUCAUGGUUGUACUACUCAUCCGUGUUACUCGAUAUUAGAAAAGCACUGAACUUGUAAAAUUUUAGACUUGGUAUGAUAGUUUGGAGUUGAUCUUUGAAGUGAAAUCAUGUAAAUAUACAAAGGAAAAAUGAAUCUAACAUGAUUUCGAAACAGGAAGCAAUUCGAUAUAUAUGUUUUUUUAUUUUUUUCUUUGGACAA